AUGGAGGAUUUGGGUAAGUGUUUGAUGGGAGCGGAAUCCGUCCUCUUGUUGAAAGGUAGAAUUUGUAGAUCAGUAGAUUUCCACAUUGUACCUUAGUUGACAAACUGCCCGAUGUUUCGUUAUGUCUUGCGAACAGUGCACUGCUUCUGCCUAGUGUCUCAGUUUUUGCAAGUUAUCUUUGUGUCAUUGGGUCCAGGGAUGUCUGGCGUUUGCAUCUGACUAUAUUCUCCAAAUGUACUAAUUUGCUGUAUAGCCGAGCAUCAUUGUGAUGUAUUCCAGGAUUCUUUUCAAAUAGUUUUUACUGAUUUUUACAUUUUUAUAAAACAACAAUAUAAUUUUAAAACAAACAUAUAAUGGCAUAGUACAUUAAAGAAAAAAAAGAGAAAAAAAAAAGAAUAAGAAAAGGGGAAAGGGGGCAAUCAGUUUUGUCAUUAAUAAAAAUAGGUCUGUAGUGUUUCCAAUAUACAGCAGAGAUGCAGGUACCUCAUACUACCAUCGUCACAGGGUGUGUGAUCGGAUACGAUGCCUUUUUUUAUCACCUCGGUUUCCCAGAUAUUCCAUUGAUGUUUUAAAGUAUCAGAAUGUGGAUGGUUUGUAUUAGUGCCUGUUCAUAUCUUUUAUUAUCAAGUAUCAUAUUUAUAACUUCUUUACCUGCAAAUUGUCAAAAUGUUCAUCUGGGGAAUUUAAAAUCUGCUAAAAAUAUUCACCUCAAAACCAAUACACAUGUUUUAUGAAUUGUGAAUUAAAUUGUAAAUGGUAUUUUCUUUAUAUACUGGAUGAAUUCUAAAAACAAUUCAACGGUUAUAGUAACUCCUAAUCAUUAUUCAUUCAUUUUAUUUUCUCAUUUAUUUGAGUCUAUAUAGUGCGUGAUAUGUCUUGGACAGUCCAGGGGGUUGUGUCUAUCAGAGUGUGAAAUGUCUCAGACAGUCAUAGAAUGUGACGGCAGAUAAGAACCAUUCGGCCCAUCUAGUCUGCCCAAUUUUCUAAAUACUUUCAUUAGUCCCUGGCCUUAUCUUAUAGUUAGGAUAGCCUUAUGCCCAUCCCACGCAUGCUUAAACUCCUUUACUGUGUUAACCUCUACCACUUCAGCUGGAAGGCUAUUCCAUACAUCCACUACCCUCUCAGUAAAGUAAUACUUCCUGAUAUUAUUAUUUUUUUUAUAAAUUCUUUAUUUUGAAGAUUUUUGUCGUUUAACGUGGGGAUACAGAAAGGAAAAGUUGGUGGUACAAUUGUUAUACAUAGUUUACAGAGUUAUCAUAUUCUCAUGUAGCAUAUGAUCAGGCUAUAUCAUGUGGCAUAUCUUUCAACUUUUCUUUGGGAAUUGGGUGGGGUACAGAAAAAAGAAGAGGGGAGGUGAGUGGGGUACAUUUACAUACAGUUUCUAUUCUUCCUUUAAAUCAAUCAGGUUCUCUUUAUGUUGGUGGGUCUGGGUGGUUUGGGGAAUGAGUUGGCUUGUGUGAGCCUUUUGCGUGGUGUAGUGUCCGUGAUGGGUUGCGUCGUACGAUGUUAGCGCAUAUUGUUCCAUUGGGUGGGAGUGAGGGGGCAGGUGUUUGGGGGUACCUUUUCCUGCCUGUUUUGCGUUGUUUCCUAGUUCAGGUGUUGCCUAUGCUCGGGUUUGGUCGAGUUCCUGAAAUUAUUUUUAAACCUUUGUCCCUGUAAUUUAAAACUAUGGCCUCUUGUUGUGGUAGUUUUUCUUCUUUUAAAUAUAGUCUCCUCCUUUACUGUGUUGAUUCCCUUUAUAUAUUUAAAUGUUUCUAUCAUAUCCCCCCUGUCUCGUCUUUCCUCCAAGCUAUACAUGUUAAGAUCCUUUAACCUUUCCUGGUAAGUUUUAUCCCGCAAUCCAUCAACCAGUUUAGUAGCCCUUCUCUGAACCCUCUCUAAGGUAUCAAUAUCCUUCUGAAGAUACGGUCUCCAGUACUGUGUACAAUACUCCAUGUGAGGUCUCACCAGUGUUCUGUACAAUGGCAUGAGCACUUCCCUCUUUCUACUGCUAAUACCUCUCCCUAUACAACCAAGCAUUCUGCUAGCAUUUCCUGCUGCUCUAUUACAUUGUCUGCCUACCUUUAAGUCAUCUGAAAUAAUCACCCCUAAAUCCCUUUCCUCAUAUGUUGAGGUUGGGACUCUAUCAAAUAUUCUGUACUCUGCCCUUGGGUUUUUACGUCCAAGAUGCAUUAUCUUGCACUUAUCCACAUUAAAUGUCAGUUGCCACAAUUCUGACAAUUUUUCUAGUUUACCUAAAUCAUUUGUCAUUUGGCUUAUCCCUCCUGGAACAUCAACCCUGUUACAUAGAGAAUGGGUCCAAGUACAGAUCCCUGAGGUACCCCACUGGUGACAAGUCCAAGCUUCGAAUAUAUUCCAUUAACUACAACCCUCUGUUGCCUGUCACUCAGCCACUGCCUUACCCAUUCAACAAUAUUUGAAUCCAAACUUAAAGAUUGCAGUUUAUUGAUAAGCCUUCUAUGUGCAACAGUGUCAAAAGCCUUACUGAAAUCUAGGUAAGCAAUGUCUACUGCACCACCCUGAUCUAUAAUUUUAGUUACCCAAUCAAAAAAAUCAAUAAGAUUAGUUUGACAUGAUCUCCCUGAAGUAAACCCAUGUUGUCUCUGAUCUUGAAAUCCAUGUGUUUUAGAUGUUCAUCAAUCCUAUCCUUUAACAUGGUUUCCAUCACUUUCCCCACUACUGAAGUAAGGCUUACUGGCCUAUAGUUGCCCGACUCCUCCCUAUUACCUUUCUUGUAAAAGGGCACAACAUUCGCUAACUUCCAAUCUUCUGGGACUACUCCUGUUAACAAUGAUUGGUUAAAUAAAUCUGUUAAUGGUUUUGCUAGUAAACCAUGGGGUUGUGUCUAUCCAAGUGUGAUAUGUGAUAUGUCUUGGACAGUCCAUGGGAUGGUGUCUAACAGUGUGUGAUAUGUCUUGGAUAGUCCAGGGGAUGGUGUCUAACAGAGUGAGAUAUGUAUUGGACAGUCCAGGGGAUGUCUUCUAACAGAGUGUGAUAUGUCUUGGACAGUCCAUGGGAUGGCGUCUAUCAGAGUGUGAUAUGUCUCGGACAGUCCAUGGGAUGGUUUCUAACAGAGUGUGAUAUGUCUUGGACAGUCGAGGGGAUGGUGUCUAACAGAGUGUGAUAUGUCUUGGACAGUCCAUGACAUGGCUUCUUACAGAGUGUGAUAUGUCUUGGACAGUCGAGAGGAUGGUGUCUAACAGAGUGUGAUAUGUCUUGGACAGUCCAUGACAUGGCUUCUUACAGAGUGUAAUAUGUCUUGGAUAGUCCAGGGGAUGGUUUCUAACAGAGUGUGAUAUGUCUUGGACAGUCGAGAGGAUGGUGUCUAACAGAGUGUGAUAUGUCUUGGACAGUCCAUGACAUGGCUUCUUACAGAGUGAGCUAUGUCUUGGACAGUCCAGGGGAUGGCUUCUAACAGAGUGUGAUAUGUCUUGGACAGUCCAGGGGGUUGUGUCUAACUGAGCGUGAUAUGUCUCGAACAGUCCAUGAGAUGGCUUCUAACAGAGUGUGAUAUGUCUCAGACAGUCCAUGGGAUGGUGUCUAACAGUGUGUGAUAUGUCUUGGAUAGUCCAGGGGAUGGUGUCUAACAGAGUGAGAUAUGUCUUGGACAGUCCAGGGGGUUGUGUCUAACUGAGCGUGAUAUGUGUCGAACAGUCCAUGACAUGGCUUCUUACAGAGUGUGAUAUGUUUGGACAGUCCAGGGGAUGGCGUCCAUCAGAGUGUGAUAUGUCUCGGAUAGUCCAUGACAUGGCUUCUUACAGAGUGUGAUAUGUCUUGGACAGUCCAGGGGAUGGCGUCUAUCAGAGUGUGAUAUGUCUCGGACAGUCCAUGGGAUGGUUUCUAACAGAGUGUGAUAUGUCUUGGACAGUCCAGGGGGUUGUGUCUAACUGAGCAUGAUAUGUCUCGAACAGUCCAUGAGAUGGCUUCUAACAGAGUGUGAUAUGUCUCAGACAGUCCAUGGGAUGGUGUCUAUCAGAGUGUGAGAUGUCUCGGAUAGUCCAUGACAUGGCUUCUUACAGAGUGUGAUAUGUAUUGGACAGUCCAGGGGAUGGCGUCUAUCAGAGUGUGAUAUGUCUCGGAUAGUCCAUGACAUGGCUUCUUACAGAGCGUGAUAUGUCUUGGACAGUCCAGGGGAUGGCGUCUAUCAGAGUGUGAUAUGUCUCGGACAGUCCAUGGGAUGGUUUCUAACAGAGUGUGAUAUGUCUUGGACAGUCCAGGGGGUGGUGUCUAACUGAGCGUGAUAUGUCUCGAACAGUCCAUGAGAUGGCUUCUAACAGAGUGUGAUAUGUCUUGGACAGUCGAGGGGAUGGUGUCUAACAGAGUGUGAUAUGUCUUGGACAGUCCAUGACAUGGCUUCUUACAGAGUGUAAUAUGUCUUGGAUAGUCCAGGGGAUGGUUUCUAACAGAGUGUGAUAUGUCUUGGACAGUCGAGAGGAUGGUGUCUAACAGAGUGUGAUAUGUCUUGGACAGUCCAUGACAUGGCUUCUUACAGAGUGAGCUAUGUCUUGGACAGUCCAGGGGAUGGCUUCUAACAGAGUGUGAUAUGUCUUGGACAGUCCAGGGGGUUGUGUCUAACUGAGCGUGAUAUGUCUCGAACAGUCCAUGAGAUGGCUUCUAACAGAGUGUGAUAUGUCUCAGACAGUCCAUGGGAUGGUGUCUAACAGUGUGUGAUAUGUCUUGGAUAGUCCAGGGGAUGGUGUCUAACAGAGUGAGAUAUGUCUUGGACAGUCCAGGGGGUUGUGUCUAACUGAGCGUGAUAUGUGUCGAACAGUCCAUGACAUGGCUUCUUACAGAGUGUGAUAUGUUUGGACAGUCCAGGGGAUGGCGUCUAUCAGAGUGUGAUAUGUCUCGGAUAGUCCAUGACAUGGCUUCUUACAGAGUGUGAUAUGUCUUGGACAGUCCAGGGGAUGGCGUCUAUCAGAGUGUGAUAUGUCUCGGACAGUCCAUGGGAUGGUUUCUAACAGAGUGUGAUAUGUCUUGGACAGUCCAGGGGGUUGUGUCUAACUGAGCAUGAUAUGUCUCGAACAGUCCAUGAGAUGGCUUCUAACAGAGUGUGAUAUGUCUCAGACAGUCCAUGGGAUGGUGUCUAUCAGAGUGUGAGAUGUCUCAGACAGUCCAUGGGAUGGAGUCUAACAGAGUGUGAUAUGUCUCGGACAGUCCAUGGGAUGGCAUCUAACAGAGUGUGAUAUGUCUCAGACAGUCCAGGGGGUGGUUUCUAACAGAGCGUGAUAUGUCUCGUACAGUCCAUGAGAUGGCUUCUAAAAGAGUGUGUUAUGUCUCGGACAGUUCAGGGGAUGGUGUUUAACAGAGUGUGAUAUGUCUCAGAGACACCAUGGGAUGGCGUCUAAGAGUGUGAUAUGUCUCGGACAGUCCAGGGGAUGGUGUCUAACAGAGUGUGAUAUGUCUCAGAGAGUCCAUGGGAUGGCGUCUAAGAGUGUGUGAUAUGUCUCAGAGAGUCCAUGGGAUUGUGUUUAACACAGUGUAAUAUGUCUCAGAGAGAGUGUUGGUGCAUGUUUUAGUUUCUACACUGGGGCCCUAAUAUUUUUUCUUCUGAUUGUGACAUAUUUUUAACUGAGACACUGUGGAUGUGACAUGUCUUCUGAUUUUGACAUUUAGAUGCUCUCCUUGCUGACCUUCAGAUCACAUCCCCUGCCCAUUGCCCUGUACUGUUGACAGAUUCUCCUGGUAUGCCUGAGAAUAGAGAAUCACGCCCUCCACCACCACCAUAUGAACCCCAGGUAAGUCCUGUCUCAGAGCCACCUAGUCCAUAUGUACUGUCAUUCCAUGGAACUGCAAGUAUAAUAUUUUGGUCAAGCAUGUCCAGUGUCUUCUUCUAAUGACCAACUUGUUAUUUGACAGAUUUCAAGCUCGGAGAAUCACGGAAACCAAGCCCACCUUUACAGGUGACCUCUCUGCACUCUAUGUGACAGUCCUAUUUCUUGAUAUGUCUGCCCCAUUCCUGACCUCUGUUAAUGAUACUCCCUCUCUUGGUAUGGCUUAAGGUGUCUCUCUCUGAUGUUUCAGUCUCUCACAUGGAGUCUCCAUCUUGUCUCAUACCCAAGUGUGUCUCUAAUGUAAUCUCGUAGAUCGUUUCUCGUAGAAAGACUUCACAUAAACCUGUCAUUCCCCAUCUCUAAUGCAGUGUUCAGAGUUAAAUGUUGAAUCUCAAGUCUCAGUCCCUGAUCUCUGUCAUUUUCUCAUGCAGUCUAAUUCCCUGAUCUGUUUUUCUUACAUACAGUCUCAUUCCCUGAUCUCUGUCUCUCUCACAUGCAUUCUUAUUCCCUGAUCUCUAUCUCUCUCACAUAGUCUUGUUCGUUGAUCUCUGUUUCUCUCUCUCGUUCCCUGAUCUCUAUCGCUCUCACAUGCAGUCUCAUUCCUUGAUCUCUGUUUCUCUCUCACAUGCAGUCUCGUUCCCUGAUCUCUAUCUCUCUCACAUGCAGUUUUGUUCCUUGACUUGUCUCUCUCUCACAUGCAGUCUCAUUCCCUGAUCUCUGUUUCUCUCACAUGCAUUCUUAUUCCCUGAUCUCUGUCUCUCUCACAUACAUUCUUAUUCCCUGAUCUCUGUCUCUCACAUGCAGUCUCUCUCACAUGCAGUCUCUGUCUCUCUCACAUGCAUUCUUAUUCCCUGAUCUCUAUCUCUCUCACAUAGUCUUGUUCUUUGAUCUCUGUUUCUCUCUCACAUGAAGUCUCGUUCCCUGAUCUCUAUCGCGCUCACAUGCAGUCUCAUUCCUUGAUCUCUGUUUCUCUCUCACAUGCAGCCUCGUUCCCUGAUCUCUAUCUCUCUCACAUGCAGUCUUGUUCCUUGACUUGUCUCUCUCUCACAUGCAGUCUCAUUCCAUGAUCUCUGUCUAUCUCUCCUUAGCACAGUACAGAAGAAUCCCUCAACUAUGGCUACUCCUGUCAUUGGAGUAGGACUAUGUGAGCUUGACAGAUUACUCAAUGAACUAAAUGCGACUCAGUUUAACAUAACAGGUACAGAAAGUCCAUGAGCGCUCACUCACUACUUGUACUCCUGCUUUUUUUCCUUUCCCAUCUCUUCCCGUCUCCAUAUCUGAAGCAUAUUCUCCAUUUUCAUAAUCAAUCCAUUCAGGGGAACAACAUAUUAAAAAAUGGCACGAAUCAGACCAGGGGUUCAAAAGUUAAGGGAAAGUCCUUUGUGACUAAAUGAAGCAUGCCUUUCUGGCCCAAACCAGUUUCAGAGUCUUCUAUCCUGGAGAGUAAUUCAAUUAUCUCCCAGGACAGACACAAGACUCCAUUAAGCACAUGGUUGCAAAAAGACACAAAACACUUUAAAAUACAUAAAGUCACCUUUACACAUAACACACAGACAUUUCACAUAUCCCCAGAUAGCUGGGAUCUGAGUGCACAUUAUUAGAUGAAUGGCACUCAGAUCACACAAAUAAGCCUUUCUGCAGGGGAAAUAAACGGUUUAACCUGCAGGGCCAUAGUCCAAAGGGAGCAGGCGAGCAACCAGGCUUCUCCAGUUCACAGUGGCGAGGUUGGUUUCGCCACACUUCUCCCCUUUACCAACUAGACUAACAGGGUAUCUGACCUCCUGCCGGUCAGUGCCCUGGUUAGUCCAGCAACCCACCCACAAAACAGAAACAGCAGUACAGCCCACCCACAAUAACUGGUUACUACACCUGCGUAGAGGAGAACUUUGUCCAUGUCCAGGUGCCUCACCACGACUGUGUGAGCAACUGUUAGGCUGCCUUGGUGGGUUGCUGAGUGGGCAUUUUCUCUCAUUAUAAUAAGCAUUUACAUAUACAUUGUAUAUACAUUCUGCAGUGCUUUACUAUCAUAGAAAGGGGGAAUUUAGAGGUGAAACAAGUUUACAAACUAUGAGGAAAGGUGGAUAUAUAUCACCAGGUGCCUUAUCCAGGGAAUUGAACCUAGGUUUACGAAUUUAACGGCAGUGAUGCCACCAAUGCUAUAAGCAGCCAUAGCUACAGUAUGUCUCUCUCACAGCUUCCUUCUCACAACAAACCAACAAAUUGCUCAAUCUCACUUGUAUUGUUUGAGUCUCCAUUAUGCUCUUAAAUCCUAAUUUCUUUUUCAUCAGAUGAAAUCAUGUCCCAAUUCCCAUCAGGAAAGAAGUCAGAACUGCAGAAAGAGGAGGAAAAGAGGUCAGAAACUAGGUCAAAUCCUAGAUCAUAG